AAAUGUAAAUAGCUUUGUCGAAUAUUGCACACGAAACUAUGGCUUUGAACUGAAGGACAGAGCAGUUGACACGGCUUGCUACUCACUGGAUACACAAGAGGGAUAACACACUUACAAAGUUUUGACGCAGAGACAAGAUAAUAAUGAGCAAGACGGAUCCAAAUCACAUAAAAAGACCCAUGAAUGCCUUUAUGGUUUGGUCAAAAGAGAAACGAAAAGCCAUGGCCAAAGAGAAUCCGAAGAUGCACAACUCGGAGAUCAGCAAAGUUUUGGGAGCGCAGUGGAAACUAAUGAAGGACCAAGACAAGCGAAUUUACCAAGAGGAGGCCAAACGACUACAAGAGAAACACAGUCAAGAACACCCUGAUUAUAAAUACAAACCAAGACGAAGGAAACAGAAGCAGAUAAUGAAGAAAACGACAUAUUCGUUUCCCUACCCAGGAACAGAGCCUGCAGUCCAUCCUGCCGCCAUGAAAUUAACGGCGUAUCCACCAUCGAUGGCACCCGAUAGCAUGUAUCCGCAGUAUCAUUAUCAGAUGGCAGCUCAACACGCUACUUACCCAAUGUAUGAUAUGGCUGCAGUACAUGCUCAAAGACAAACUCACGCCUUCCCACCGGCUGCGAGUCAUGCUAACAGCGUGCACGAUUUACCCUAUCCAGUCCGUCCCACUGAAAUGAUGGUUUCUCCAACAGGCCCUCAUGGACACACGGCCAGUCAUCUCUACACCAGCAAUAUGGAACCAGGACCCACAACAAGUGCCGUUUCAGCAUUUUCCUCGGCGGCACAAAACAUUCAUUCUCAGCAAGUAACAGAGACCAGCCCACCAUACCCGCAACUGUACACUCAACGACAUGUAUAGGUUUGAUUAACGCGCCUUAUUAUUACUUUGUGUAUCUAACGAUACAAAAAGACAGCUUAUCUUCCAAUUCAUGUGUCAAAUAGAAUUUUCCAACACUUGACAUUCAAUUACUAGCUAAGUUUAUAUUUACUCUUUUGUAAGGAACGAUUGUAAACAGCACAAGUUUAUAGGAUUAUAUCUGUGGAUCUGCGAUCUGUAUAUGGUGAAUAUGAACUUCAUGGAUGAUUCACAGAAGACCGCUAGGAGACACUUGGCACAAGAUAACAAAUGAAAAAUAAAACCGGAGUUCAGUCUAUUCAAUUUAACGGAAAAUUAUUUGGAUCAUUUAUUUUCUUAUCUAACUGAUUUACAGUUUACACUCUCGUAGAAGCAACAUCUGCGAUAAUCGAGAGAAUUUUUCUUUGUUUGAGGUAUUUAUUCAAGGUUUUCACACCUAAAUCUAAGAUGGCGGGUACAUGUAGUCAUGUUCUAAAGUUGACAAAUUUUUCUCAUUCUACUGGUCUUAUCUUGCGCUCUUUACCUCGCCACUGAUCAUGCACGAGUGAAAAUUUAAUUCUUCAUGUGAGCUAAUGCACGCUGACGUGAAACUCGUUUGAGCGUUAUCGUAGUAAUAAAGUAUGAAUAUUCUGUUA